AUGACCGUCGACACGGCUGCGACCAGCACCAUCUUCGACUUCGACGAGCUUGAGAAGGCAUACGCGAAGAUCGAUGUCACCGUCGCAGGGGCUCCGCUGGAGGACCUGGCGGACCUGGACGAGGCGCCCACUUCCGAUGCCGAUGGCCUGGACUCACUGUCCGAGAUCUGGCCAGGCGAUUUGCCGAAUGUAGAGCUGGAGGACGAUGAUCUCCCCGAGUUGGUUCCAGGUCCGGAGUAUCGGCCGGGAGUCUGGGAGGUAUGCGUCCUCCGCCUCAUUGUGCGGAAGGAGCCGAGUGUGGACGCAGGGGUGAAGGGCCUCUGCCAUGAAAAGGAGCUCCUCUUCGAAGAGUUGGGCAGUCCGGAGAACGACUGGAUAUGCCUGGAACGUGAACGAGGAUUCGUGUUGAAGGAUGGCAGCAUGAAAGACCCGAAACUGGGCAUGCUGGUGCGGCCGUUCCACCUCAGCAGUGUACCCAUUGACCAGAGCGAAAGCGUUCUGUCCCUUCUGCGGACGACGUGGCGCAGCGUGCGGGAGCAGAACGGUAGUCUUCUGCGCCCGCAGCUUGUUGCAAAGCUGCGCCGGGCAGAAGAGGAUGCGGUCUCCGCCGCCAAGUCGAGUCCUUCCAAAGCUUUCGACUUCGAAAUCUUCCAAACCGAGUACCAAAGAGGAGUGAACACGCUCCUCUCAGAGCAGGGUUUCCUGGCGCAGGCCAGGCUGUUGAUGCAAAAAGCCGUCGCUGUGGGGAACCAGAGCGCAGGCAAGCUGCGCUACGCUCCCCCCGAGCGAACGAAGGGCGACAUGGACCAGGCUUCGGUGUCGGCUCUCAUCGCGGCGAUGCGCGCGCGGACGCUGCCGAGCCAGGAGGACGCCCUUCAAACGGUCACUGCGGCAGCGCGCCUCCUCGACCAGCAGCCCACGCUGGUGAGGUUACAGCUGCCUCCCGGAGCCACGGUGCACGUGGUGGGAGACGUCCAUGGCCAGUUCUGGGAUUUGCUCCACAUUUUGGAGCUCUGCGGAGAGCCGUCCUUGCAGAACCAGUACCUCUUCAAUGGAGACUUCGUGGACCGCGGUCAGUUUUCUGUAGAGGUGGCUCUGCUGCUGCUCGCGAUGAAGGUCGCGGCACCCAAAGCCGUGCACCUGAACCGAGGGAACCACGAGGCUGUCCGGAUGAACUCGCUGUACGGCUUCAUGAGAUUACUUAGAGGACCGUGCCCGGGGAUUUCGCUGCCUAGCCGUGAAAAGUGGGACACGUCUGCCGAGUGGUUCCAGAAGGUUGACUUUGACUUGAGCAAGCAAGGCCACUAUCCAAGCUACCCGCGUGCAUGGUAG